AUGUCCGACCCAACCAUAACUUUCUCAACACCAUCCCGAGCAUCCUCUGCUCCAACACCACCACAACCAGCUUCUGCUGCGAGCCACCGACUACAUUCUCUCUCACAACACAUCACACCUCGCGGAACAUCACCCACCAUGUCUUCCACCGAGGCAGUCGGAGACUUCGGUCUCAUCGGUCUGGCCGUCAUGGGUCAGAACCUGAUCCUCAACGCCGCCGACCACGGCUUCACCGUCGUUGCCUUCAACCGUACUGUCGCGAAGGUCGACCGAUUCUUGGAGAACGAGGCCAAGGGCAAGAGCAUUGUUGGCGCACAGAGCAUCAAGGAGUUCGUCUCGAAGCUCAAGAAGCCACGCCGUAUGAUGCUGCUCGUCAUGGCAGGCAAGCCAGUCGACGACUUCAUCGAGACCCUCCUCACCGAGGGCGGUGUUGAGGCCGGCGACAUCAUCAUUGACGGUGGUAAUUCCCACUUCCCAGACACCAACCGCCGCACCAAGUACCUCGCUGAGAAGGGCAUUCGAUUCGUUGGAUCCGGUGUCUCUGGUGGCGAGGAGGGUGCCCGAUACGGCCCAUCUAUCAUGCCAGGUGGUAACGAGGAGGCAUGGCCAUACAUCAAGGACGUCCUCCAGAGCAUCUCUGCCAAGUCUGACGGCGAGCCAUGCUGUCAAUGGGUUGGUGACGAGGGCGCUGGUCACUACGUCAAGAUGGUGCACAACGGUAUUGAGUACGGUGACAUGCAGCUGAUCUGCGAGGCCUACGACAUCCUCAAGCGCGGUCUCGGCCUCAAGGGCAAGGAGAUUGCCGAUGUGUUCGCCAAGUGGAACAAGGGCGUGCUCGACUCUUUCCUCAUCGAGAUCACCCGCGAUAUCCUUUACUUCAACGACGACGAUGGUGAACCACUGGUUGAGAAGAUUCUUGAUGCUGCAGGUCAGAAGGGUACCGGCAAGUGGACUGCCAUCAACGCAUUGGACAUGGGCCAGCCAGUGACUCUCAUUGGUGAGGCUGUGUUCUCCAGAUGUUUGUCUUCGCUCAAGGGCGAGCGCACCCGUGCCAGCGAGAGACUCUCUGGCCCAACACCAAAGUUCGAGGGUGACAAGGAGCAAUUCCUCGAGAAUCUCGAGCAGGCUCUUUACGCUUCCAAGAUCAUCUCCUACGCACAGGGCUUCAUGCUCAUGCAGGCUGCCGCCAAGGAGUACGGCUGGAAGCUCAACAAGCCAGAGAUCGCCCUCAUGUGGCGCGGUGGCUGCAUCAUCCGAUCGGUCUUCCUCAAGGACAUCACCAACGCAUACCGCCAGAACCCAGAUCUCGAGAACCUGCUCUUCAGCGAUUUCUUCCACAACGCCAUCGACAAGGCCCAGCCAGGCUGGAGAGACGUCGUCUCCAAGGGUGCCCUCUGGGGUGUCCCAACUCCAGCUUUCUCCACCGCUCUGUCCUUUUACGACGGCUUCAGGACAAAGGACCUCCCAGCCAACCUCCUCCAGGCACAGCGUGAUUACUUCGGUGCCCACACUUUCCGCAUCAAGCCAGAACACGCCAGCGAGAAGUACCCAGAGGGCAAGGACAUUCACGUCAACUGGACCGGCCGUGGCGGUAAUGUUUCGGCUUCGACGUACAAUGCUUAA